UAAUCUCCCGCCUCUUUCACACCAUCAGACUCCAUUAUCGAAGCUCGUUCGCUCUUCUCUCUCUCUCCCUCUCGGAAGGUGAAAUGCCGCGUAAACCUAAACAUCGUGUACCGGAGAUUCUAUGGAGGUUAUUCGGAAAAGGAGCCAGGAAUUUAAAGGAGGCGAUAGUAGAUCUGAUUCCUGAUCGAAAUAUCCAGCCGGAAAAUUGCCUGUGCAGGGGAAAAGGCUGUAUCGGUUGCAGCAGCAAUAAACCGGCGUUUCUGUUGCAUUCCGAUGAUCCUAUUCACUACCGUAAACUUCUUCACCGGUGUUUCGUUGUAAUACACGAACAAACCCCUCCGCUUCUGGAUUUCUCGCCGACAUCUUGGUGGACACAGCGAGAGAUUGUUGAAAGAAUUAUUGAAAUCAAGCAAUCUGGGUGUGAUUGCCAAAAUGUGAUAUGUGCCAGGUAUGACAAGUAUGAUCAGUCGAGCUCUAUUUUGGAGUUAUUGACAAAUUCAUCUUGGCAGUUCCUUCUCAACCGGGUCGGUCAUAAUUUCAUGGUAUAUCUUCUUCAGCAAACAUCAAUAUUCUUACCAUUAUUAGGAAGAAAACACCAGCAAGUGUCUGGACCUCCUCUAUGUAUCAAGCAAAAGGAGGCAUUGUCAUCCUAUGAAACCAAAAGAAAGAGGGAUGACAACCAGCCUGAUGACAACGUACAGCCAUCAAAGAAAAAGCAGCGGCUUUCUUCUGCUGUCAAUGACUGUCUUAGGGAUGACUCUGCAGCUGUUACGCCCAUAGUUGGCAAGGAUGUAAUUACACAUAGAGAGAAAAAACCUAGUAAGCGUUCAAGAUUGUAUCUUAAGCGUAGGCGAAAGCAGGGAAAGGUCAAUUCCCAGAAAGAUGAUUGUGAUGCACCAUGUAUAACUUCUUGUACAAAUGCUAAUACUUCCACUGGGAAUGAAGCUGAUAAAAGGAAUUUGCACAUACGUGUAAAUGGGGGUCUCACUAACUUCGCAAAGCAGGCUAAACAAGUUAAAAGAAAGAAGCAUUUUGAGUUUGGCAACUCAGAGACGUUUUCAGUUCUACCCCCAAAUCACAUUUUUAAAACUUUGAGGCCCAACUGCUCUGAUUCAAAGUUCCUAAUGAAUCAUAUAUUUGGUGAAGUAAACGCUUGGUCAAUGGCGCCAUCUCAUGGCAAAGGCAAUUGUCCUAGUGGAUCUAUUUGCUUAUACCAUUCAUUGCUCAAGUCUCUUAAAAGACUAAUAGGAAAAGCAAAGUCCUCACACUUGAAAGUGUUACUUGAUAAACAUUGUCCAGUUGUCUUCCUACAAGAAGAUGCAUUGAAGUCUGCAAGUGCGGCUUUACAGAGUUCCUGGAGGCAAAGUUCAGAUGAGCUGCCUCAUGGAUCAAGUUCAGAAAAGGGUAAUACCAAUCGUCCCAGUGUCGACGAAUCGAAAUUGUAUUGCACGAAAGACCAAGUAGUUUCCUUUAUUUGGGCCAUAUUUAGGUACAUUGUUCCAGAAAGUUUGCUUGGGGAUACUCAUCAGAUGAGGGUGCUAAGGCGAAACAUAGCCUGGUUUGUUUCUAGGCGACGAAAUGAGAAAUGCACAGUGAAACAAUUUUUGCAUAAAGUGAAAUCAUCAGAUUUCCCAUUCUUCACCAGAAAACAGUUAUGCUGUAUUGUCAAUGGACAUGAACUCCAAGAUGAGUCCAUCAGAAGUACACAGCAGAGAUUGUGCACGAAAUGGAUUUCUUGGCUUUUCUUGGAGAUUGUCAAGAAAUUGGUGUUCUUCAACUUCUAUGCCACUGAGAGCCAAGGAGGGCGGCUUAACAUUUAUUAUUACCGGAAAAACAGCUGGGAAAGGUUAAUAAGCAAAGAAAUUGGCGAAACCCUUGAUGGAUAUGUCCAAGUGGACAGUGCUGAAGCUCAAGGUAGAUUGAAGAAGCAGGGGUUAUCGAAUUUUAGAAUUUUACCAAAGGCAAACGGUGCAAGGAUGGUUUUAGAUUUUAGUUCCUCGUCAAGGUUGCGAUCUCUUCGCGAUACACAUGCCGUGUUGAAGGACAUCCAGCUCAAAGAACCAGAUGUUCUUGGGUCUUCUGUUUUUGACCAUGAUGAUUUCUACAGAAACCUAUGCCCAUAUCUGAUCAGUUUGAGGAGUCAAUCAGGAGAACUUCCUCCUUUGUUCUUUGUGGUUGCUGAUGUAGUCAAAGCAUUUGAUUCAAUCGACCAGGGAAAACUGCUUCAUGUCAUUCAAAGUUUCCUGAAAGAUGAAUACGUCUUAAAUAAAUGUAGGUUGGUCUGCUGUGGGAAGAGAUCCAAUUGGGUAAACACUAUACUAGUCUCAAGUGAUAACAAUGCUAGCUUUCCAAGAUUCACAUCAACUGUUCCAUAUAAUGCUCAACAAAGUAUUAUGGUUGAUCAGGGAGAAAGCCAUCUAGUGAGGAAAAAGGAUCUCAUGAUUUGGAUAGGAUAUAUGCUAAAGAACAACAUGCUGCUGUUGGAUAAAAGAUACUAUGUACAAAUGUCUGGAAUACCUCAGGGACACAGACUGUCAUCCUUGUUAUGUUGUUUUUACUACGGGCAUCUCGAGAGGACUUUAAUCUACCCGUUCCUUGAGGAAGCCUCUAGAGAUACGUCUGCUAAAGAAUGCAAUAAAGAGAGCGAUCUGAUCAGUCCCACGAGCUAUAAGUUACUGAGAUUUAUUGAUGACUACCUGUUUGUGUCUACCUCAAGAGAUCAGGCGACUAGCUUCUAUCAUAGGUUGAAACAUGGAUUUAAAGAUUACAACUGCUUCAUGAACGAAAAAAAGUACUGCAUAAAUUUUGAAGAUGGAGAAGAGGCUAGGUGUUCUUCUAGCAGGAUGUAUGUGGAUGAUAAUGGAAUUCCUUUUGUCAGAUGGACGGGUUUGCUUAUCAAUUCCCGCACAUUUGAAGUGCAAGUUGACUACACAAGGUACUUGAGUGGCCAUAUAAGUUCAACCUUUUCUGUAGCGUGGCAGAACCAACCAGUUGGCAGUCUUCGGCAAAAGUUGUUUUACUUCUUGGUUCCCAAAUGUCAUCCCAUUCUAUUUGACUCACAUAUCAACUCAGGGGAAAUUGUCAGGUUAAACAUCUAUCAGAUCUUUCUAUUAGCUGCAAUGAAGUUUCACUGUUAUCUCUAUGAGUUGUCCCGAUUUUGGAAGCUUCAUCCUCAAACUUCGUUCAAAUUUGUCACAAGUUCUAUCAGGUACAUGUUCAGACUCAUAAAUAGAAGGAUGCACCGAUUCAACACAGGUUCUUGUUUCAGACCAGUUCUUAAACUAUACAAAGAAGAGGUGAUAUGGCUUGGUUUACACGCUUAUUUACAAGUUCUGAAGAAGAAAAACUCACGAUACCGAAUCCUCUUGAUCUAUUUGAAAUCUGCACUUUCUAAACACCAUCUUUCUCAUUCUCUAUCGCCGGAAUUGGAGUAUGCAUCAGACCAGUCAAACUCUUCUUCACUUUGGAAAUUGAGGUACUGAUCCUUAUUAUCGAAGCUUAUCUGAACUCGGAUUAUAUCAUUGUAAUUGAAGUACCUUCUUCGAGAUCAAAUUUUUUAAUAAAUACUGAGAAACCCCGAACUUUUAAGUCUAAUAAUAGUAGAGAAAAUCCAGGCA